CAGGCGGAACCUUUCUGUCGCGCCUUCAAUUAACUUGUGCGGCGGGGACCAUUUAGGCCUUCACGCCCCGCUCUCCACGGGCGCUGCAGUUUGCUUGGGGCAGGGAAGGCGGGUGUGGGGGUUCUGUUUGCUUCUUCCUUUGUCGUGAGCAGCAUGGACGUGCUGGCGGAGGAGUUUGGGAGCCUGACUCCGGAGCAGCUGGCGGCGCCCAUCCCGACUGUAGAGGAAAAAUGGAGGCUGCUUCCAGCAUUUUUAAAGGUUAAAGGCCUUGUGAAACAGCAUAUAGAUUCGUUUAACUAUUUCAUUAAUGUAGAGAUAAAGAAGAUUAUGAAAGCCAAUGAAAAGGUUACGAGUGAUGCUGACCCCAUGUGGUACUUAAAAUAUCUUAAUAUCUAUGUCGGGCUUCCUGAUGUGGAAGAAAGCUUCAAUGUGACUCGACCAGUGUCCCCUCAUGAGUGCCGUCUGCGGGACAUGACGUACUCGGCCCCCAUCACAGUGGAUAUUGAGUAUACCCGAGGCAGCCAGAGGAUCAUCCGCAACGCCUUACCCAUUGGCAGAAUGCCCAUAAUGCUACGUAGUUCGAACUGUGUUCUCACAGGAAAAACGCCAGCAGAAUUUGCCAAACUGAAUGAAUGUCCGUUAGAUCCAGGUGGCUACUUCAUCGUUAAAGGAGUAGAAAAAGUUAUUCUUAUCCAAGAGCAGCUGUCUAAGAACAGGAUCAUCGUGGAGGCUGACAGAAAAGGCACGGUCGGUGCUUCGGUUACCAGCUCCACCCAUGAGAAAAAGAGCAGAACUAAUAUGGCUGUGAAACAAGGACGAUUUUAUUUGAGGCAUAAUACUUUGUCAGAAGAUAUACCCAUUGUAAUCAUAUUUAAGGCCAUGGGUGUUGAGAGUGACCAGGAAAUUGUGCAGAUGAUUGGAACAGAGGAGCACGUGAUGGCUGCAUUUGGACCCAGUUUGGAAGAGUGCCAGAAAGCUCAGAUUUUCACACAGAUGCAGGCGUUAAAAUAUAUAGGGAACAAAGUAAGAAGGCAAAGGAUGUGGGGAGGUGGACCAAAGAAAACCAAAAUAGAAGAAGCAAGAGAGCUCCUGGCGUCUACCAUCCUGACCCAUGUACCAGUUAAAGAAUUCAAUUUCCGAGCGAAAUGUAUCUAUACUGCAGUGAUGGUGCGAAGAGUAAUUCUGGCCCAAGGAGAUAAUAAAGUUGACGACAGAGACUAUUAUGGUAACAAGCGAUUGGAGUUGGCAGGACAGCUUUUAUCUCUUCUUUUUGAAGAUUUGUUUAAAAAAUUUAAUUCUGAAAUGAAGAAGAUUGCAGACCAGGUGAUUCCUAAGCAAAGAGCAGCCCAGUUUGAUGUUGUGAAACACAUGCGUCAAGACCAGAUUACAAAUGGCAUGGUGAACGCCAUUUCCACUGGAAAUUGGUCUCUCAAGAGAUUUAAAAUGGACCGCCAGGGUGUGACUCAAGUGCUGUCUCGUUUGUCAUAUAUAUCUGCACUGGGCAUGAUGACAAGAAUCUCUUCCCAGUUUGAAAAAACAAGAAAAGUGAGUGGUCCUCGAUCCCUCCAGCCAUCUCAGUGGGGAAUGCUCUGUCCUUCGGACACUCCUGAAGGAGAGGCGUGUGGUUUGGUGAAAAACUUGGCCCUUAUGACACACAUCACGACUGACAUGGAAGAUGGACCCAUUGUUAAAUUAGCCAGUAACCUGGGCGUAGAAGAUGUGAAUUUAUUAUGUGGGGAAGAGCUCUCUUACCCAAAUGUGUUUCUUGUCUUCCUCAAUGGUAACAUCCUGGGUGUCAUUCGAGACCAUAAGAAGCUAGUGAAUACAUUUCGACUGAUGCGAAGAGCAGGAUAUAUCAAUGAAUUUGUGUCCAUCUCAACAAAUCUUACAGAUCGAUGUGUUUAUAUUUCCUCUGAUGGAGGAAGGCUGUGCAGACCCUACAUAAUUGUUAAGAAACAGAAGCCUGCGGUCACAAAUAAGCAUAUGGAAGAGCUGGCUCAGGGCUACAGGAAUUUUGAAGAUUUCUUACAUGAGAGUCUGGUUGAAUAUUUAGAUGUAAAUGAAGAAAAUGAUUGUAACAUCGCACUCUAUGAACAUACAAUUAAUAAAGAUACCACCCACUUGGAGAUUGAACCCUUCACUCUUCUCGGCGUUUGUGCUGGCCUGAUCCCAUACCCUCAUCAUAACCAGUCCCCAAGAAACACGUAUCAGUGUGCCAUGGGGAAACAAGCCAUGGGUACCAUUGGAUACAACCAACGGAACAGAAUUGAUACUCUCAUGUAUCUACUCGCAUAUCCACAAAAACCCAUGGUUAAAACAAAGACCAUUGAGUUGAUAGAAUUUGAGAAGCUGCCGGCUGGACAGAAUGCGACAGUUGCCGUGAUGAGUUAUAGUGGCUAUGAUAUUGAAGAUGCUCUGGUUUUAAACAAAGCUUCCUUGGACAGAGGCUUUGGGCGUUGUCUUGUAUAUAAAAAUGCUAAAUGUACAUUGAAACGAUACACCAACCAGACAUUUGACAAAGUGAUGGGGCCGAUGUUGGAUGCUGCUACAAGGAAACCCAUCUGGCGACACGAAAUUUUAGAUGCAGAUGGUAUUUGUUCUCCAGGUGAGAAAGUAGAAAACAAGCAGGUGCUUGUGAACAAGUCCAUGCCCACAGUAACGCAGAUUCCCCUGGAAGGAAGUAAUGUGCCGCAGCAGCCACAGUACAAAGAUGUGCCCAUCACCUACAAAGGGGCAACGGAUUCAUAUAUUGAAAAAGUGAUGAUAUCUUCAAAUGCCGAAGAUGCUUUUCUAAUCAAAAUGCUGCUGAGACAGACGAGGCGUCCAGAGAUUGGAGACAAAUUCAGCAGUCGUCAUGGGCAAAAAGGUGUUUGUGGCUUGAUCGUCCCUCAGGAAGACAUGCCAUUUUGUGAUUCUGGCAUCUGUCCGGACAUCAUAAUGAACCCACAUGGCUUCCCAUCACGAAUGACGGUGGGAAAGUUAAUUGAGCUGUUGGCCGGCAAGGCUGGUGUGUUAGACGGCAGAUUCCACUACGGCACUGCGUUUGGAGGUAGUAAGGUGAAGGAUGUGUGCGAAGACCUCGUUCGCCAUGGUUAUAACUACCUGGGGAAAGACUAUGUUACGUCUGGCAUCACAGGUGAGCCCCUGGAAGCGUACAUCUAUUUUGGCCCCGUGUACUAUCAGAAGCUCAAACACAUGGUGCUGGAUAAGAUGCACGCCCGAGCCCGGGGACCACGGGCCGUGCUCACCAGGCAACCCACUGAAGGUCGAUCUCGUGAUGGUGGUUUGCGUCUUGGAGAAAUGGAACGUGACUGUUUAAUCGGUUAUGGAGCCAGUAUGCUUUUACUAGAGAGACUAAUGAUUUCAAGUGAUGCCUUUGAGGUUGAUGUCUGUGGGCAGUGUGGACUUCUGGGGUAUUCUGGCUGACACAGGCUCCAGAAGCAAUUAAGAGAUUUCCCUCAGCAAAUCAAAUUGUGAUCAGGACGUCAUGGCAGAAAAUUUCAGAACAACCUGACGCUCACAUUUUCACUCACAAGUCUAAACUCUCAGAUGAUGGUCAAAGGAGUGAAAGUAUUUUUCAAGUCCAGGUAAUAGCUCUCGUUCCAUGCAUAAUAAAUUUUAAGUCUGGUUAACUCCCAAUCAUCCACGUUAAUGGAGGCAAGGAGCGGGGUGAAUAAAUCAAAACAGAUGAUGGAUCCAAAACCUUUUGCAGUGGAUGCCGGGAUGAAGUUUGCGGUCACACGUUAACAUAACUUGAAUGGAGGUUUGGCGAAUUUGCUGUACUUUAGUGACUCCUCUGAACACUGUAUUUGAAGAAAUUGGAAUAAUACCCUUUAUGAUUAAGUCAUGAUGACAUCUUUGGAGGGGGCAGUAGCCUUACUCAACUGGGAUGCUUCUAGGCCAGUGGCUCUCAAGCGUGGUCCCUGGACCGACAGCAUCAGCAUCAGCUGAGGACUUGUUAGAACUUCAGGUGGAGCCCAGCAACCUGUGUUUAACAAGCCCUCCAGGUGGUUCCAGUGCAGCCUAAAAGCUGAGAGCCACUGCUGUAAGCUACAUAAAGAGCUUUGGAGCCUCCCUCCCUCAGAGCCAGCCUUUGGAUUUUUAGGGGUGCCAAAGAACCCCUCCCUUGGGAACCAGCUCCCCACUUUUCUCUCUUCCUUGCUGGUGUGACUUCCCCUUAAGCAGCAGGUCGUAUUGGAUCGCUCCUCCCACAGAGCUCCAGCCUCAGUUUCCCAGCCUCCUGCACCCCUCCCCCUGCUGGUGGAGACCCUGCACAGAGGAAACUGGCGUUAAAAGUCAGAUUUAUACAGGAAAAGCUCUUACCUAUCAACCUAGAAUGCUGCUUCUCACUUGUGCUGACUGGUUUCUAACUCUCCGGCGCUGAGGUUUCCACUUUCUCCUUCUGCAGCUUCUUUCCACACUGACCACAUCUGCCUGCUAGCCCCACAAUGAUAUCCCAGAUCCAAAGUGGCCUUUCUGCAAUGACUGUUCAGAGAGCCGCCGGUUCUGGCCCUGUCCCGGCUGGUCAUUUCAGUCUGCUGUCCAAGUCUUCGCAGGGAUGCAGCCAGUGUCCCCCGACCUGAAGCAAAGCAGAACAUCAGCCGAGGUGCUCUCGGUGCUACACAGCUUCCUAGGGGUAGUUUGGUACUGUGAUUUUCCAACUCUUUCCGGGUGCUAAGCCUGAAAGAGUGGAGGAGCCCCAGAGCAACUGCCCGUGGAGCUGCUGUCCUGAAGAUGAAUUGGCAGUGGCGUUAUCAACAAAGGAGAGGGUGAAGCCACUCUGUCCUGUGUUCUGUGCAGGUGAACACAACAGGGAGGCACCACCCCGCCCUGGACUGGAGUGGGAAGGCCCAGGUCUUCCCCUAACACGUCAAGUCUCAGUCUCAUCAUCUGUUCAAUAGCGUGUAACCUGCCUGCCUGCCUGCCUCAUCCACCCCACGAAGUCUUGUGCGUGAGUAAGAAUAGUAGCUGCCUCAGAGGUUCGUUGUGAUGAGAUGAGUUAAUUCAUCUGCCUGCCCUGUGGUACUCAGUAAAGGUUAGCUUUCUUCUCUUUAUACGUGUAAACACCAAACUAAACCAGAGUUUCUCACCCUCGGCAUCAGUGAUGUUUUGAGCCGAGGGUUCUUUGUUGUGGGUGCCGUCCUGUGCUCUGUAAGGUGUUGAGCGGCACCCCUGGUCUCCACCCGCUAGAUGCCAGUAACGUCUCCCUAGCUCUGACAAUCAAAAAUGCCUCCAAACAUUGCCAAAUGUCCCCUGCAGGGCAAAAUCACCCCCGAGUGAGAACCCCUGAACUAAACAAUGCAUAUAUAAGCGGUUUAAAUUACAAAGCAAAUGGGAAUAGUCUCAAAAUUGUAGUUAUGUGGAUUUGUCCUCAGUAAACUGAUUGCCUGCGUGCUUCUGGAUAACAGGGAAACUCUGCUAACAAAUGUUAACGUGAACCGCAAAGCCCUUGUUUUUUCUUCCAUGUACCAGUUGUAAAUAGCAUCAGAUAAAACUGAUGUCAAUCAUAUGUUGGUGGCAAAGUUAAAUAAGUUUCACUCCUAUUGUACAAUGUGCUUAUAUAUAUAUAUUUUUUUUUUUUUUUUUUGAGGAAGAUCAG